CCCACAAGAAAAUGUUUGUAAGGUGGAGGAGGACGGGGUUUUCAGUGACCAGCACCUGGAUAACCUGGAGAGGAGCUGCAGCCCGGACCAGGAGGAACCAGGGCAUCCACAGACUACAGAACUGGAGGAAGACUCCAGCGGUCAGGAGAUGAAGCACGAGGACGUAGAGGUGGAUGUCUCAUUGGUCAAUGGCGCUGAUGUGAAAGUUGAAAAUGGUGAACCAGGACCAAACUGUGGCCAGCUGCUGUUGCACACUUCUCCUGAAGCUCAAAACAAAGAUGAGGAAGGGACUGAAAGUUUACGCUCAGACUCCAGUAAAACUGCAGAUCUGGAGCCAAUGAGACGACACGGUGACCACGAAGAUGCUGCUGUCCCGUCAGACAGCAACUGUAAAUCAAAGCUGACCAGGACCCACACGGGGAAGAAGGUAUUUUCUUGCAGCACUUGCAGGAAAGAGUUCAGUAAAAGUUGUAAUUUAAUGGAUCACAUGAAGAUCCACACUGGUGAAAGGCCAUACCUGUGCAACACCUGCGGCAAAAGCUUUACUAGAUCAUCAUCUCUUAACCGCCACAUAACCACGCACACGGGCGAGAAGCCCUACAUCUGCAAAACAUGUGGAAAAAGUUACAGGCUACGUUCCACCUUGGUGGUUCACUUGAGGAUCCACACCGGCGAAAAGCCGUACCUGUGCAACACCUGCGGAAAAACCUUUGCUGAUUUAUCACGUCUUAAACGGCACAUAACCACGCACACGGGCGAUAAGCCAUAUUUGUGCAAGACGUGCAACAAAGAGUUCAGUAAACGUAGUAUUUUAGUGGAUCACAUGAAGAUCCACACUGGCGAAAGGCCGUACCUGUGCAACACCUGCGGAAAAUCGUUUACCCAAUCAUCAGAUCUUAAACGCCACAUAACCACGCACACGGGAGAGAAGCCCUACAUCUGCAAAACAUGUGGUAAAAGUUACAGGCUACGUUCCCACCUGGUGGUUCACUCGAGGACCCACACGGGCGAGAAGCCGUACCUGUGCAACACCUGCGGAAAAACCUUUACUCAGUCAUCAGUUCUUAAACGGCACAUAACCACGCACACGGGAGAGAAGCCCUACAUCUGCAAAACAUGUGGAAAAAGUUACACAGAACGUUCCAACCUGGUUAUUCACUCGAGGAUCCACACCGGUGAAAGGCCGUACCUGUGCAACACCUGCAGCAAAACCUUUACUAGAUUAUCAGAUCUUAAAAGCCACAUAACCACGCACACGGGCGAGAAGCGAUAUUUGUGCAAGACAUGCAACAAAGGUUUUAGCCGCAGAUUUGAUUUGCUGAGUCACAUGAAAAAUCACCCGGAGGCCGUAAAGGAAAUCUGCUACCUCCAUUCGGUUGGAUUUGAGUUCUGCAGCCCCGGACUGGAUAUCUUGUGGUUGAUGAAUCUCUCUGCCAAACAUGAGUCUAUUGGGUGUGAACCCUGUGAUUGCAUGACGCGAACUGCGGUAGGCAGAGGUGAAGAUGAUAGCUCCUCCGGGUACGCCUCAACCAAGAGACCCAGGCAGGCUCCUUUAGGCAGGGAUGCUUUGCUGGUUGAGAAGUUGCAUAAUCUGACGGGCACCCGCUUCUCCAUGGUGGUAGCAACACUUCCGGAGGCUACAGCUCCUGUAAUGUUCAAGGGUUCUAGUACAGCUGGAACACCUGGCCUUGGGUCUUCCACCUCACCCCAGACCACACAUUCAGAUGUGGCUGGAUUUCCUCCUCUCCUAUUAGGACCAGAGUUGCGAGUCCGCUGGUGGAUGACAUCCAGCUCAGCAGCGAAGGGACCACUAAUAGGACGUCUUGGUCUUACUGGCAUCUCCCAAGAGACUGAAGGUAUCGCAUCAGGCUCAGGUGCAUGUCUGUCUAAGCCACAAGAAAAUGUUUGUAAGGUGGAGGAGGACGGGGUUUUCAGUGACCAGCACCUGGAUAACCUGGAGAGGAGCUGCAGCCCGGACCAGGAGGAACCAGGGCAUCCACAGACUACAGAAUUGGAGGAAGACUCCACCGGUCAGGAGAUGAAGCAAGAGGACGUAGAGGUGGAUGUCUCAUUGGUCAAUGUCGCUGAUGUGAAAGUUGAAAAUGGUGAACCAGGACCAAACUGUGGCCAGCUGCUGUUGCACACUUCUCCUGAAGCUCAAAACAAAGAUGAGGAAGGGACUGAAAGUGUACGCUCAGACUCCAGUAAAACUGCAGAUCCGGAGCCAAUGAGACGACACGGUGACCACGAAGAUGCUGCUGUCCCGUCAGACAGCAACUGUAAAUCAAAGCUGACCAGGACCCACACGGAGAAGAAGGCGUUUUCUUGCAGCACUUGCAGGAAAGAGUUCAGUAAAAGUUGUAAUUUAAUGGCUCACAUCAAGAUCCACACUGGCGAAAGGCCGUACCUGUGCAACACCUGCGCAAAAUCGUUUACUAAAUCAUCAGAUCUUAAACGCCACAUAACCACGCACACGGGCGACAAGCCUUACAUCUGCACAACAUGUGGUAAAAGUUACAGGCUACGUUCCCACCUGCUGGUUCACUCAAGGAUCCACACGGGCGAGAAGCCGUACCUGUGCAACACCUGCGGAAAAACCUUUACUCAAUUAUCAGCUCUUAAAAGCCACAUAACCACGCACACGGGCGAGAAGCCCUACAUGUGCAAAACAUGUGGUAAAAGUUACAGGCUACGUUCCCACCUGCUGGUUCACUCAAGGAUACACACGGGCGAGAAGCCGUACCUGUGCAACACCUGCGGAAAAACCUUUACUCAAUUAUCAGCUCUUAAGAGCCACAUAACCACGCACACGGGUGAGAAGCCCUACAUCUGCAAAACAUGUGGAAAAAGUUACAAGCAACUUUCCCACCUAGUGGUUCACUCGAGGAUCCACACCGGUGAAAGGCCGUACGUGUGCAACACCUGCAGCAAAACCUUUAUUAGAUCAUCAGAUCUUAAAAACCACAUAACCAAACACACGGGCGAGAAGCGAUAUUUGUGCAAGACGUGCAACAAAGGUUUUAGCCGCAGAAUUUAUUUGCUGAGUCACAUGAAAAAUCACCUGGAG